UCUCGGAAAAAAUUUUCUACUCUCUUUCUCUCUCUCUGAUCUACCAUGUCUGAACACCUUCAAAUUCCAGCUUCAAGCUCUGUUUCAGUACAUGGAAAUGGUGCAAUCCUCAGCAUGAGCAGAGUGCAUUCUAUUGCCCAUCUCUUGGUUUGUUCGAGGUGUAAUUAUAUUCUGGAACUGGAUGCGCUAAGUUGAGUGUUCAGACUCUGUUCUUAAGUUUGUAUAGUUGGAAUUUUGUGGCUAGUUCCACAUUACUGUGUGUGCUGUUGUCUGUCUUGUUUCUAGUGGGAUCACUCAACUCAGCUUUAUGGGUUCCCGAUUCCCAUCCCAUCAGUUGAGCAAUGGCCUCUAUGUCUCAGGCCGGCCUGAGCAACCAAAAGAGAGGCCUCCCACAAUGACCUCAGUAGCCAUGCCCUACACUGGUGGUGAUAUAAAAAAAUCUGGAGAACUCGGGAAAAUGUUUGAUAUUCCUGUUGAUGGCUCCAGAUCGCGAAAAUCCGGACCUAUAAAUAAUGCCCCUUCAAGGACUGGGUCCUUCGGCGGUGCUGGUUCGCACUCAGGCCAACUGAUGACCAAUUCUGUGAAUCGAGUUGGUUCUGUUUCUGCUUCUGGGGUUUCUGGUUCUGCUUCUCUAAAGAAGACCAAUUCUGGGCCCCUUAAUAGGCAUGGAGAGCCAAUAAAGAAGUCAUCGGGUCCUCAAGCUGGAGGAACAUCUGUUUCACGCCAAAAUUCUGGCCCUCUAGCCCCAGUUCUCCCCACCACAGGCCUUAUUACAUCCGGACCCAUUUCUUCAGGCCCACUAAAUUCAUCAGGGGCUCCUCGCAAAGCUUCUGGUCCAUUGGAUUCCACAGGUUCAGUCAAGUUACACAAUGCAUCUAUAGUUCACAAUCAGGCUGUUACGAACCUUAGUCAAGAGGAAGAGUACUCGUUCCGCAAGAGCUUCCCUAAGCCAAUCCUUUGGGCAAUGGUUCUUCUGUUUGUAAUGGGAUUUAUCGCUGGCGGUUUUAUACUAGGGGCGGUUCACAAUCCUAUUCUUCUCGUUGUUGUUGUAGUUCUUUUUGGUGCUGUUGCUGCAGUGUUCACUUGGAAUACUUGUUGGGGAAGAAGAGCUAUUACUGGCUUUAUUGCUCGUUAUCCCGAUGCUGAGCUUAGGACUGCAAGGGAUGGCCAAUUUGUUAAGGUUUCUGGGGUGGUUACAUGUGGAAAUGUUCCUCUUGAAUCAACAUUCCAAAAGAUUCCGAGGUGCGUUUAUACGUCUACAAGUUUGUAUGAGUACCGAGGUUGGGACUCAAAAGCUGCCAACCCAACACAUCGCCGCUUUACUUGGGGUGUCCGAUCAGUUGAGAGGCAUGUGGUCGAUUUCUACAUUUCUGACUUCCAGUCUGGGUUGAGGGCAUUGGUUAAGGCUGGGUAUGGUGCUAAGGUGACUCCAUAUGUUGAUGAAUCUGUUGUUGUUGACAUCAAUCAGUCAAACGGUGAUAUGUCUCCGGAAUUCAUUAGAUGGUUGGGAGAGAGAAACCUCUCAAGUGAUGACCGUAUAAUGCGAUUGAAAGAAGGGCACAUCAAAGAAGGUAGCACGGUGAGUGUAUUGGGAGUUGUCCAGCGGAAUGAUAAUGUCCUAAUGAUUGUACCUCCGCCGGAGCCAAUCCCCACGGGAUGCCAGUGGACCAAAUGUAUUCUUCCUGCCAGCCUUGAGGGCAUCAUAUUGAGAUGUGAAGACACUUCAAAGAUCGAUGUAAUUCCAGUCUAGCAAUAGCAUUUGGGUAUCAGCCAGCCAGUUUCAAGAGGGUAUUGCUGCUUCAAGAUUGAAUUUGUUUGAUAAUUUUGAUAUGGUGAUGUUGAUGGUGGUGUCUUUUUAAUUUUUAACCAGCUGUAUAGUUUCAUGUGAUUUUUAUUUUAUUUUUUUUAUUGGCUCCAAUGCUUUUGUAAUGGGGUUGGUGUGAUUAUUACAAUUUUACAGUAGGGAGGGGGGAACAUGGUGAUCAAUGAGGGUUUGGGGAGUGGAAUUUAUUGUCUAGAAAUGUUUCGAGUUUAAAUUUCAAGUAAUUUGGAUUUGCAUUUAAAUUUGUUCUUCCUCAGAGGUGACAACAGAUGUGAAUCUUUAACUGUUUUUAUUUUCAUUAUUUUGAGAUGGAUUUGCCCUCAGGCUCAAGCUGUACUGGAAAACUGAUUGAUUGAUUGUUUUACAUUGCAAAUGUUGUUCUGUUA